GUAGUAACAGAAUCCUUGUUAAAUAUUGUUAGAGCGCGUAUGUGUAUCUUGGAACACGCCUCGAGAGGUCCACUUUAUCUGAGUGUUUGUAAUUUGAUUACAUGGCACUUCCUGCAACCGUUUAACUUUGAGGCUGGCUUUUAAAAACGAAGCGGAGCCCACAUGCAGCCUAUAACUCCUGGGGAACGACAUAAGACGAGCAACGAUGACAGACACUGUGGAUGGGAAUGAACCUGAGACGCCUGAGUAUAAGCUGAUUCCACACCGAGAUUUCUACCUGAUCUCCGGGAUCCAUUGUCCAGAGGAAGUGGAUGAGAUACAGAACUGGGAGAUCCGAGACUCCGAUGUCUUCAUUGUCACAUAUCCCAAAUCAGGGACCAUUUGGAUGCAGCAGAUCAUGAGUCUGAUCGAAGCUAAGGGAGAUGUCACAGCGACAAUGAAUCAGCUGAACAGUGAUCGCAUCCCAUGGAUUGAGCUGAUUGGGAGCAAAGACGACUCUGCUCCCUCCCCUCGAAUCCGUGUCACUCACCUGCACCACAAGUUCACCCCCCUCGGGCUGAAGCAGAAAAAGGGAAAGGUGAUCUAUUUGGCAAGAAACCCUAAAGAUGUUUUGGUAUCCUACUUCCAUUUCCACAAAUAUGCCGCUAUGCUGGAAACACCUGAGGACUUCAACUCCUUUUUUGAAACGUUUAUGGAAGGAAAAGUGUUUGGGAGCUGUUGGUUUGACCACAUUAAGGCCUGGUACUCGCAGAGAGACAGUAUGAAUUUCCUGUACAUCACAUAUGAGGACUUGAUUCAGGACCUGAGGUCAGUGGUGGACCAGAUCUGUGUGUUCCUGGAAAGGGACCUGACAGCCCAGCAGAAGGCAGAUGUGGUGGAACACAGCACCUUCCGGAACAUGAGGAGGAACCCCAGCGCUAACUACCAGAAUGUGUCCACCUCUCUCCUCGACCACAGCAAGGGUACCUUCAUGAGGAAAGGGACUAUAGGGGAUUGGAAAAACUACUUCACCGUGGCUCAGAAUGAGAGAUUUGACAGAGUCUUCAAGGAGAAGAUGAGAGACUUUCCACUCACAUUUGUGUGGGACAUCAGUGAUAUCAUGAAAUGAUAAACUGAAGAGUAUAAAAUGCUUCCUAUUUACCAUACUCUGUAAAAAAUAUCCUUCCUUUUUUAACAGAUGAUAUAUUUUAGAGAUGUAUAUGCAUGUUGUUUAACAGUAAAACAGGAGGGCCAGCCUGUGUUUUUAUUACAGCCAGUGGGUAUGUCUCAGAAUUGUGAAAUCAGAAUCAAUUUUUAUGCUUUUCUGUGAUUUUAAUGAAAAUGUGUAUUGAAAGACCCAUUGCAUGAAUAAAGUCUGGAUGCAUUUAUU